GCAAUCAAAAAAGCUAUGCACUUCCGCAGUCAGAUUUGGCUCUGGUUUGGGCGACUGAUCGCUGCAGUGUCCGUGCUGACCAAGGUGGCCAAACCGGCCAAGAUCCCUGAGAGUCCCAAAAGUCCGAAGCAAGGAGCCGCAGAAGACGAAGCCGACAAGCAAGUCUACCGGAUCCACGGCCACGUCACCUACUACAUGCACGACCAGUCCAAGGAGUCCAUGCAGAGUGUGCAGAAGCCCAAGCGUGGGAUUAAAGUCGAUACCGACAGCGACAUUGUGAAGUCCAGUGCCACAGCAAGAAUCAAGAUGUCCAAGACCAAGGCUCAGAUUGCGACAGCGACCACGAGUGACAUUGUGAGCGCAGGUGGCGCAGGUGAUCCAAUGUCUCUCCCAGCAAUGUUUCAGAGGAUCUUGAAGACACAGAAGGAACAACCUAGGACACCACCUGUGGGUACUACGUAUGGUUUCACUUCUGCGUCAGAGUGGGGAUCACCUUCCGGACCAUCACCUCAACCACCCCCCAUGUUGAGCAAGCAUGAUGCAUCUUCGGCCGUAGCUGGGCUUGCGCUUCCUGAGCCCAAUCUUGAACCUGAGCCCAAAGUCCUUUACAUGGAGCCAACGAAGGCAACAUUCAGUGGAUGGGACAGGUUCAAGGUGCCGUUUGACAAGCCGGUGCUGUCGAGUGAUGGAAAGGGUAGCAGUUCAAGUGCCCAGAUGCCAGAGAAGCAAACUGACAUCAAGUCCUACUUCACCGACUCUGACUCCAACCCCAAAUCUCAGACAGAGCGUCCCGGAGUAGGAGCAGCUGAUGCCAUGGCUGUGGAUCCUGUGGGUGAAGCAGUGGGAGAAGCUCUUUCACCUCCACCAUUACCCAGCCAGUCUGCCAGCCAGUCCAGUCCUGCUUCGCAUCAUCCGGGCAAUGGCGGCUGCACUAGUGCUGAAGGUGAUCAGACUGGCCAGGGCGGUGCCGGUGGCGGCAACAAAGUUGCUUCAGCCCCAGCUCCAUCCGCACCCGCGUCCAACCCCAAGCUCUACUUGGACCCUCUGGCAGCAGGCAGCCCAUUUCCACGAAUGCCUCCUCAGCGCAAAGUGAAGUCUGUUGAAGAUGCAUUCAAUUGGCCGCGGCAUUUCUUUGAGAGGUUGUCCAAGGCAGUACCCUUUCCUGAGCAAGUUCUCGGUUUCCUUCGGCAGCAUUUCGCCCAUCACAUGACGUAUUCUUCGAUCUUCAGCGGCGUUGAUGCGCCCGGCACGUCGCUGCACAUCAUUGCAGAGGCUUUGAAGAUGUACGGCGAUGAUGGGGCUGGUACUUGUGGAGGUGGCGAUGACGAGGGUGCGGGUGCGGGUGCUCCUACUGGGCCAAAGCAUCUUUGGGCUGUGGAAUGGCUGCCUGCAUCGCAGGCAGAGCUGUUAGCAAUGCCACACGCACCACGGCGGAUUGCUGCCUCUUUGGAUUUCCGUGCGUAUCGUGGUCCCCUCAAGGACCUCGGUCGCGCGAUAGCGGCCGAGAAGAUGCUGUGCUAUGAAUGCAGCCAUAUGUAUGAUCCACAAAUGAUGGAGUCAGUGCUUGGAAUCAUGCUGAAAAAGUCAUCGCUCGCAGAGUGGAGCUUCGGCAUGAGCCUCAAGGGUGGCUGGCCUCACAGCCGUAUGGACAUUAUGCUUUCAAGGCUUCUCUCACUUUUCAACCGAAAGUGCGAAGUUCCCUUUCAUGCCUUCCUGCUAGCAACUGAAGAUGAGAUCAUGUGGGAUUGCGAGUGGAUGAGGAGUCGACCAACCUCAGCGGCCAAGAAUAGGCCUCAGACCACAGCAGAAAUCUUUGCGCAUGAGGGCGGUGUGGCUUUCCUCUCUGAGUAUGAGAAGGCCAACCUCAAGAAUUACCAAAAAGUGCUUGUUAAGAAGUUUGGCAAAGCCUUUGCUCCAAGGGCCGCUUGUCAGCUGAACCAAAGUGCUGAUGAUUGGCCCAUGCAUUCAAAAGUCAGUGGCUCCAUGGAGCUUCAGGGCAUCCCCAUGUACAAGCAUCUUGCGGUUCCCGGUAAGAACUUGAGAGUGCACAGCUUUGCCAAGCCCUUGGACGACGAGGCAGAAGAUGUCAAGCGCCGAUGGGAGGAGCUUCAGCAGCGGAGAUCUCGAUCUGCUAUGGCUGGACAGGUCGGCAACAGCAUGCAC